AUGCACGAUUCAAGACUCAAUCAAUCGCACAAAAGAUCCAGAUAUUCGUCAUCAGCUACACGCAAAUCAACUUCUCAGAAACAUCCUGGACACAAUGUAAGGUCGCAAUCAUCCUCAACGCCACCUUCUGUCGUAGUUCCCUCAUCAGGACGCCAUCAACGCCAAUCGUUUAGUCCUGAAUCACGGUCUCGAGAUGUUGUUUCAUUGGAUGCAGGUCUUGGGAAGAAAAAGAGUGAUAUUCCUUUCACUGUUUCAUCAUCGCCCAAACUUGAUUUGCAAUUGGAAAGUCGAGUAACAGCAGAUAAUCUUAAAUCGGUUCCGGAAGUUGAAGAAAUGGUUCCAUCUACAUCAACGGUAAAGCCUUUUUCACAUCCUGAUGAAGCAUUUGAACCAAUACAAGCAACACCCUCAAACACUCAACUGGCGAUUGAAUCUGAAACAGCACAGACAGAAAUACAGGAACCGAAGGAUCUAUUACGACCCAAUCGACCAACCGUUCGUAGUGGCUUGUACAUUCAAGCCAUUGGGCCAAAUCGCAGUCUUCUGGUACAACGCAUUCCCGCCAAGGGUCCGAAUCCUCAACUCCGCAAGGGUCACAAUCCAGCCCUAGUUAAGGGUCCUAACCCAGCUCUUCUGAUUAAAAAUCGUUAG